ACUCAGCCAAAGACAAUCAAAGAUGUUUGAGUUUCCAUGCGCAGUGACCAGGGAGGUAAAGCGCAGAGCAGUUUUACCCCUCCUCCAGUUCUAGCUCCGAACACUCAGGCCUCCGAACAACGGGGGCUUUUAAAUCACAUUUGAUCAGAGGAAUCUUUUUUUCCGUUAAAAAGAAACUGAUCAUGCGAUGCGAUUUAUUUCUGCCGGAAGGAAGAAGGAAAAACUAGAUAUAAGACCUGUUGGCGAUGAUGGAUUACUCAAAGGCGCAAAUGUCAAACUUAUCCGAGGAGGGCAGUUCAGCUGGGUGUCCACAGUCCAGCAAUGCCGGGGUGAAGCUGGAGGCGGUGAUGGAGCAGCUGCAGAGACAACAUGGGGCUAAACUGGAGAUGAACCUGCAACAGAAACAUCUUCUCCACGCCCAGCUCUUGUUUGCUCAACACGCUGCUGCAGCCAGAGCCUCUGGCUCCAGACUAGAAUCCUCAUUGUUUGGCAAAGCAGAUGGACAGACUUAUCAAGCAGCUCAACAAGCUUUGAAAAGCCAUCUCAGCAGAAUAGAUCCAGAUGAGGAAGAUGAAGACUCUGAUGAGGAGGAACAGGAAAUGUUGAAGCCUGAAGAGAACGACGAGGUGGAGGAAGACGAUGAUGAUGAGGAGGAGGAGGAGGAGGAGGAGGAUGUGGGGGACGGGCCUCAUCAGCAAGUGAAGAAGCCUGGACUCCAGCAGGUUGCAGGCUUCCCUUUCACUCCGUACUCCACACCUCUCUCGUCUGCUGUGAAGCAAAUGUCAGAGUCUCCGCCUUUAGCAAUAAAACAGGAGCAUGAGGAGAAGGAGCUUCUGUCUCCUGCAGGCCAACACAACUUCACGUCACCCAAUGGCUUCGCUGACUGGGGCUAUGACGAGUCAUUGAAACAAAGAGGAAAUGCUAUCUGGGCUGAGGAAAAUGAAGGAGGAAAAAUAAGAGGAGAACCAUCCAGGGACUUUGCCAAGCUAUAUGAACUGGAUAAUGACCCACAACGGAAGGAGUUCCUUGAUCAACUCUUUGUCUUUAUGCAGAAACGUGGAACUCCUGUGAACCGCAUCCCCAUCAUGGCGAAGCAGGUGCUGGACCUGUACAAGCUUUAUAAGCUUGUGACAGAGAAGGGAGGCCUUGUGGAGGUUAUUAACAAGAAGAUCUGGAGGGAGAUCACCAAAGGUCUCAACCUCCCCACAUCCAUCACCAGCGCAGCCUUCACUCUCCGCACCCAGUAUAUGAAGUACCUUUACCCGUUUGAGUGUGAGAAGAAGGGUCUGAGUUCUCCAGGAGAGCUGCAGGCUGCCAUCGACAGUAAUCGCAGAGAAGGUCGACGUCCCAGCUACACCAACAGCUUAUACCGCUACUCUACCUCCCCGAGCUCCGCUUCACGUGCCCUCCUCUCUUCACCCACCAUGCAAACCACCCCGACUGGACACAACGGCCUAAAUACAUUUGCUGGCGCAAAUCUGAAGAGAAACACAGAUGAGAUGUCAACCCCUGUGUUACCCAGCCGGCUGCCCAUGGCUCUGGCUGCCCAUGGCCUGGGGCAGCAGCAGCAGCAGCUGGCACAAGCUGUGACGUUGGAGCAGUUCAGAGAGAGGCUCGAGCGAGGAUCCGGAGGAGCUGCAGCCGAUGGUCCAGAGAAGAAAAUGAUGCGGAUGGCGGAGGAGCAGCAACGCCUCAUGCAGCAGGCCCUCCAACAAAACCUCCUGGCCUUUGCGUCUCACUUCAACCCCAUGAACCUCAAACUUAACAAUGGACAUGAGAGCAAACAGGAUUUGUCUCUGAGUAUCUCCACUAAUGGAGCAGCCAGUAUCAGUGUAUCUGUGGAGGUCAAUGGCACCGUUUACUCAGGAAUGCUGUUUGCCCAGAAGUCAGCUGCUCCUGUGGCAUCACAGAACAUAACUCUGGCAGGAACAAAUGGUUUCAGUGCCAUGUCCUCCUCACACAGUCCCUCCUCUUCAUCUUCCUCCUCCUCAAAGGGACCACAUUAAGCCUCACUGGUCUUUAAAUCUGUUCUUAGCUAAAUAAUUAAUAAUACAUUUCCAAUACGCAUACAUCUCUUGUCAGGCAAGAAGUGUGUAAACUAUACUGCCGUUUGCUUGCACACCUCUACUAGUCGACCUGUCUGUUCACUCAAGCAGUGCAGUCUUUUUGUGAAACUCAGCCGUAACACAUGAGGAAAUCUAGCAUUUGUUUUUCCAUUUUGACGACGUAAUGUACUUUUAAAUGAGUCUUGUCAAGGGGACAUUGAUAUUUCACCUGAAAGGCUUACACAUUUACCAUAAUAUAGAUUCAGAUCAUAGUUACCUUUUGUGCCUGUUAGAAGCUUUUCUGUUUUAAAAUGUAGUGGGAUUCAUGUCUAAAGGGCUUUACAAGGUUUGUUCAGAAGUGUCUAUAGAGCUUUGUUGGGUGUCAACUGCAUUUAUAGCUAAUUAUGGAACCGUUCUGUAGCUGCCUUUUUCCAUAGUAGAACAGUGUGGUUGCCAAAAGUGCAGCUAAUGAAGACCAAAAAGCCUGAGUUCAAUGUCAUAGCUCCAGUCUGUAUUGGCAAAUAUUUGGUUUCACCCGAGUUUAUACUUUUCACAGCAGCUUUCAGGGAUUAUGUACACCAUCGGUUUCCUUAAAAAUUUGAGAGGUUUGCUGCAGUUUGGAUGGAUUUUUUAAUGUUUUGUAUUGUGUUUCAUUUAACUCUUAUUUAAUCAUUUGUCUCUGCAUCAAAUUUACAGAAUUUUUAUUUCAAUUCAGCUUUGAAUUGAAAGAGGCAAACAAAUGGAGACAUGGUUUUGCUGGGAAUUGUAUGUAGGAUGGAAGUGAUUCAACAUUUACCUCAAUUGACUUCCCAUGUUGGUAAGUUUCUCUGGAAUUUAUUCUGGACUCAGGAAUGUUCUCUGGACUCGUCAUUGUUAAAUUGCAUCAUUAUAUAUUGCAGUGUUGUAUUUGCAUAAACACAGAGAAUGUAUCACUAAUGACCUCACGCUUUUGACAAGUGAACACUGAAACAGUUCUACCUCACUCUUCUCGAGAAAUAUGCAAUGCUUUGUACGUGGACAAUCAAGUAGACAUAUCAAUCAUGCAAACAAAUGUCACUGUGAACUUUAAAAAUCAAGGUCAUGUUAAACUCUGUUUUGGUCUUUGAAUACUGUAUUUCUUGGACUUAUGGUCAUGAAGAAUAAAACAAGCUUGUG